AUGGCAUAUUUAUAUGGCAGAGUUGUUGUGCUGGUGUUACUGUUUCUGAACACCAUCAGCUCUGCGCAUGUCCUUGUGCCACGCCAGGAAGACGCUUCCACCACAGAUGCCCCUGAAAAUGAGGCCACUGCGACGAGCUCGUCGCAGUCGGACUCCUCCACCACUGGUACCGAAACAGCUUCUUCAGGCACAGCUACCGCUGAAUCUACCUCCUCUUCACACACUACCGUACCAACGCAUAUCGGUACCCCGCUCAAUGCCACUAAUGACCCCAACAAGUGCCACAAAGACCGCAAUGAGACGAAUGUCUUCUGCAAGCCAGUGACGGGACAGAAGCUGGACUACGAUGCUGCCUACAUUGUUUCUUGGGAUCCCUUACGCAACGAGGCCAAUUCAAGCAAUAUCGUCGAAAUCUACGCCACUUCUUUCCUUGAAGAGACCACUGAAGGUUGGCCUUUAAUACAACAUUCUGCCCUUUACCGUUCGCCCAAUGUCCCCAAUGCAAACGGAGAGACUACUAUAGAAACAUCAAAAGCUUGGCUCAAUGGCACCAAGCUCGCAAACCUCACCAUGCGACUGGCCGUCACGCCCCCACCUGAAAAAGGAGCCCCAGAGUCAAAGCUUGGUCCCUUUAUCCUACUGAUGGAUACCGCUGGCAGUAAUUCUACCUCGCCCUCGUCAGAGAGUCAUAACAAGAAAUUGGGCGAGAAAGUCGGCAUACCCGUAGGGCUCAUCCUUGUCCUCAUCGUCAUUGCUGGGCUUGCCUUCUUCUUCAUCCGCCGCCGGCGUCGAAAUGCAGAUUACCUGAGCCGCAAAUCUCAUACCCAACGGACGCAAUCGGGUGGUGCGGGCGGGCUCGUAGGACCUCUGGAUCGUUCGCACAGACGUACAGAGAGCUUCCAUGAUGAACCAACCAGAGGCGUGGAGUUGCAAGAAAGACACGGUGAUCGGGGAGGCAGUGAUUGGGGAUGGGGCAGUCCGACGAGUCCCACUAGAGGGAACGUAUUUCGAGAGGAAAUUGGGCGGCAGGAAACCGGGAAAGCAAUAUAA